GUCAGACCACCAGGAAGGAAGUUUUGGACCUCCCAUAAUGGCCCCAGCUUACUUGACUGGCGAUAAAGCCGCCAUCGAGGAGUUCAUCUCCAGGUUCGAUGUAUCAUCCCCCCGCACUGCUCCACAUCAAACUCCGCUAACGGUCACGUAUAGGUCUUUCUCUUUGACUGCGAUGGUACGUGGGCCUCCUCUGAUAUGAAGGGCCAAACCGAGUAUCUAUAAACACGGCAUGCGAACGUCAUGGCUGAUCGCAAUGAAGGAUAGGCGUCCUCUGGUCUGGAGAUCAUUUGUACCCCAAGAUCCCCGAGACACUGGAGAUGCUGCGAAGUAAAGGUACGGAAACAGCAGCAUCCGGUUCUAGGGCGUCGCAUUUACAAGAGGAACAGGCAAGCAGCUGGUCUUCGUGACGAACAACAGCACAAAGUCCCGCGCGGACUACAAGAAGAAGUUCGACAAGCUGGGUAUACCCGCCAAAGUCGUACGUCUCCUCG